AUGUUUCCCCUUGUGUAUUUAUCCUACAGCCAGAACUGUGUCGAUGCGUACCCCACCUUUCUUGUCAUGCUCUGGAGCGCCGGGCUCCUCUGCAGCCAAGUUCCUGCAGCUUUUGCUGGACUGAUGUACCUGGUUGUGAGGCAAAAGUACUUUGUUGGCUACCUGGGGGAGAGAACGCAGAGCACACGUGGCUACAUAGUUGGGAAACGCAUCAUCCUGUUCCUGUUCCUCAUGUCCCUGGCUGGGAUAGUCAACUAUUUCCUCAUCCUCCUUUUCGGAAGUGACUUUGAAAACUACAUCAAGACAAUCGCCACCACCAUCUCCCCCCUCCUUCUCAUCCCCUAA